GAGCGCUCUUAGGCUUUGGGAUAUUAUCUCCUGAUCUACCGGGUGGAAGUCCUUGCUCUUGUUUCUUCUUCAAAAGUGAGGUGGAGAAGGCUGAUUAGAAGAUGAAUCCAGGAGGACGUCGGCUGAAGCAGUGGCUCAUAGAGCAGAUUAACAGCACUGUUUAUUCAGGCUUGCAGUGGGAAGAUGACGCUCACACCAUGUUCCGCAUCCCGUGGAAACACGCAGGGAAACAGGACUAUAACCAAGAAGUGGACGCUUCCAUUUUUAAAGCUUGGGCAGUGUUCAAAGGCAAGUUUAAGGAAGGAGAUAAAGCUGAACCUGCUACAUGGAAAACCAGACUACGAUGCGCCCUCAACAAAAGUCCAGACUUCGAGGAGGUAACAGAGCGCUCGCAGCUGGACAUCUCCGAGCCGUACAAGGUGUACAGGAUCGUCCCUGAGGAAGAGCAGAAGUGUGAGUCAGGUAAAAACAGCAGCACCACCAUGAACAUGAGCUGCUCUAAUGAAGAACUGGAUAUGUGCAGCCCAGCAGAAAUAGAUCAGCUCCUCAGAGAGGCAUCUAAUGAUGAGUACACAGGCAUUAUCAAGAGGAGCCAUUCUCCACUGGAUGAGAACCGCAACGUUCAGUCACCUCAAGAGUUCUGGCAGCAGGGCUCUCAUAACGUUCAUCCUAUUCAUCUGGACACAUCACCGCUGAACUCAUUUAAUGCUGGCUUUGCUCAGAUGAUUAUCUGUUUCUAUUAUGGGGGAAAGGCCAUGAGUCACUCAGUGAUCUCUCACCCUGACGGCUGCCGGAUUUCUCCCUGUCAGCCCCCCAUGUACACCUCGGACAGCCUGCAGACCGUACGCUUCCCCUCCGUGGAGCUCAUCGAGAACGAGCGCCAACGAUACGUCACCCGUAAGCUCUUCGGGCACUUGGAGCGCGGCGUUCUGCUGCGCGCCAACCGUGAGGGCAUCUUCAUCAAACGCCUGUGUCAAAGCCGAGUGUUCUGUAGCGGUCAGGACUCCCAGUACAGCUCCGGUGUCAGCAGACUGAAGAGAGACGAAGUGGUCAAGAUCUUCGACAAUAACAGGUUUUUGCAUGCUUUGCAGAUGUUUCAGGAGAAUCAGUACCCAGCUCCGGAUCCCACUGUCACGCUUUGUUUUGGGGAAGAAUUCGGCGACUUCAGCACUGCGAAGAACAAGCUGAUCAUUGUGCAGAUCACGGCUGUGAAAUGCCAGCAGCUGCUGGAGGCCAUGACGGCUCACCGAACUCAGUACAGCGGCAACCUGGAGAUCUCAGACGAGUUUCCCAGCGAUCAGAUGAAUCGCAUUUACCAGGACAUUUGCAACUACCCUGUUUCUCAGAGACCACCGUGUUACAGAGACAACCUUCCCAUCAUUGCCUGAAAUGAGCAUCUCAUAAACAGGCGGAUUUAAGAAACAGUAAAAAAACAAAAAAACAAAACGUGACGUUUGUAAGCAUUAGCAGGUGUCACAUGGUUUAAUAAAGCAACAUGUAGCGUCACGUCUUCUCAGGAUUUCUCAGUUACAAAAAUGUUCUCAGGGAUGCUUGUUUUUUAAUUUUUUUUAUGUACAUUUUGCUUUUUUUUAUUACAUUUUGUCUUCAGAAAAUACAAAUUAACUACUCAAAUGUGAGAAAUGAUCUUUAGAUGAUAGGUUUUACUAUCUUUUGUAUUGCUAAUUUUUUGGAAUAAAACUUUUAAAGCAUUA